AUGAAAGAAAGUGAAGUUUUUGGUGAAAUAGAAAUACCGGUGCUUCAGCCACCCAUUGAGAAAUUCGUAAAUUUUCGCGAAUUCAUGAAAACAUUGGAAGAUGAUGGAAUAAAUAUCGCCAAAGUUAUUCCACCAAAAGAAUGGCAAGCGCACUCAAAAUUGGUUGAUCCAGAUUAUAUUCUGAAGACCGUUGUAAAUCAAGUUGGAGAAGAUCUUUCGGGUGGCGCGUUUUCUGUAUCAACAGACAGCACACAAAUGACUUACUCCGAAUUCGAAGAAUGGGCCAUGUUCGCGGAAGCAAAUCUUUCCGGGUUGACAAUUGAAGAGAUAGAAGACCAACAUUGGGCUAACAUGCAUUUGGAACGGAAGUACGCCAUCAAUAAUGAAAUCAGUCUAUUUGGAGAUGUACAAGUAUGGAAUCUGGAUGAGUUGACAAAGAAUGAAUCGAAUCUUCAUUUCGCACAGCCGCACCAUAACUACGAAAAUGUCAUGAGUGGUGUCCAAUCUUCGAAUUUUUACGCUGCUGGCCCAUUGACCUCGUUCGCUUGGCACCUCGAGGACGGUUACUUAAAUUCAAUUAAUUACCUUCAUCGUGGUGCACCAAAAUUUUGGUACCACGUACCACCACAAUAUAAUGGAAAGUUAGAAAAAUUAGCAACAUCACUUUCGAAAAAAAUGAAUUGUGACUAUUACAUUGGUCACAAGACCACCAUGAUUCCACCAACGGUUCUGAAAAAACGCAAAAUACCGUUCGGAAGGCUGAUACAAAAUCCUGGGGAAUUCGUGGUAUCAAUGACAAAAGCAUACCAUUCCGGCUUUAACUGCGGUUUAAAUCACGCAGAGGCAGUAAAUUUCGGCUCUGAAAAAUGGUUGGAGGUUUUCCAUGAAUCCAAAACAUGCCACUGCAAAAUGCAACAUGCAAUUUUUUUACCUAAAUAUUGCUGUCCAACAUGUGAUUCUGCAUUCAAUUCGAAGUAUGGUUUAUUAAAUCAUUUGAAAAACAAACACAAAGUAAAUGAUUUGAAGAUUGAAGACAUGGAAAAGUUCAAUAAGAAAGUUAAAAAUACCAAGCGGGUGCAACAAGUCAAAGAAAAGAAGAAAGCGAAUAAAAUUAUUCGAAAAACAGUAACGUGCAUACAUUGCGGAAAAUCGUACAAAGGAGCUUUCAAUUUUAAUCGCCAUCUGCCGCAAUGUAGGACUACUGAAAGUGUAAUGCAAGCUACUGCGGUUGCUGAAACCCAGGUUAUCACAGGAGAACCAUCGCAAAGUCCAGCUCCAGUAGUCGAACGAUCGAACGAUGAUCAAAUGAUGGAAGUUGACCAUCAAAUUGAAACGGAUAUGUUUGAUUUGCCUGCUGAAAACGCUGAAAGUGCAGUGCCAAUCACUACAGUGGCUGAAAAUCCGAUUAUUGCAGAAGAAUCAUUGCAAAGUCCAGCACCAGUGGUUGAACGAUCAAUCAGUUUCGUUAGUGAGGAGAAAGUUUCAGAGACAACACCAAAAAUGACAAAUUAUCGCAUUCCCAAAUUAGCUCGCAAAUUGUUACAACCGCAGCCCCUAGCCAAAAGACCUUGA